AAGAGCUGGAGGUUUCAAAGUGGGCAGGUGACUCACUGUAACAAGAACCGGUAGCCCUCACUAAUAUGAAUAUCAUGUCACAGCACACACUUGACUGUGUCUCUGCUGUGUGUGAUAGAACUGCCACAGCUGUGCAAGUCUUCCUCAUCAGCCCAUAUAUUGAAGAUGUGCUCUAAACCCAAUCUAAUCUUCUCUGAACAUGUUUGUCUCUUUGGUAUUAAUGUGGAAUACUUUAACCGAUACAAGUUAAUGUCUGGAAAAAUAACUGCUGACUAACAGAUCAAGCACUGAUAGAACAAUCAAGAUGAAAUGCAGAAAUUACUGGACACCAGCCCACCUCUUUUAUGCAUUUACUGAUCAAACUUCUGGUAACCACCACAAGUACAUCACAGUGGCUUUUGUCAACUUGUGACGGUGCUUCUGUCUCUCCCACUAAACAACUCCAGAGAAUAUGUUUAAGUACAAUACGAAGAUGUGUUGGUGGUCUGUAAGACUGAAAUGAUGGUACAUAUGAGAUGUGUGUGGAACGGGAAAGUAUCAAGUGUGUAUGAGCACAUACCAUGAAAGAAGUUGUUCGGUCACACACUUCAGAUAUAACAAAUAAGAAGUGGCAUGACAUUAUACCUGUAGCCUCACACAGGAAUACUUAAGUUUCAGGUCGUAUUUGCAGGCAUCUAUAGGUGUGUGUGUGUGUGCAGUCAGUUUUUGACCGCUGUAUUGUUCCACUCAUAGGGGGUGGAAAGUCCCGCGGCCUUUUUUCUGAGGUCCGAGCGUGUGAGGCAUGUAUGUGUUGAGGUGUGGGUUGUAUCUGACAGCCAAUCACAUUCUAGCUCUGAGGAAGCAGGAAGGAACAUACUGCAGCCGGUCUGCCAAUGAGAAGCCAUGGUUGGAGAGGAUGGAGGAGGAGGCCCCUUCAGGAAGUGACUGGCAAAAUAUCAAGCGUUCAGACCUCUAACAGACUUCCUAACCAGCAAGACGACUUAUUGUUCUAUCUUCCGUCCUUCCACUUGAAUUGUUUUUCGUCUUUCUGCUUUUAAUCUUUCUCCACUCAUCUACUCCUUCAUUGAUCUGUAUUCUUAUGCUGUUCUUCCGAUUCUCACCACUCCUUUAAUCUUGGAUCUGCGUGUGUCCAUUUUGCACUCGGUCCAUCCGACAGUGCGUCUAUUGUCUGUUGCUUGUGAUUGAAAAGUAUGGUGGUUUACUGCGCUGUGUUGCCGUUGCCAUGUCCACCGACAUGUCAGCUCCAUCCAUGAAGAAGAAGAAGUCAAUUGCGAGGAGCUCGAAGCCAAGCGUCAGGAUGUGUGUUCAGGGACAGAGGAAUGUCAUAACCAUGUCAUCUCCAGAGGUGUGCUGGCCGGUGCCGAUGCGAGCCAUUGGGGCUCAGAACCUCCUCACCAUGCCAGGAGGAGUAUCCACCGCGGGUUACCUCCAUAAGAAGGGAGGCAGCCAAUUCAGCCUCAUGAAAUGGCCUCUGAGGUACAUUAUCAUCCACAAGGGCUGUGUCUACUAUUUUAAGAGCAGUACCUCUCCCGCCCCACAGGGGGCAUUCUCUCUCAACGGCUACAACAGGGUGAUGAGAGCAGCAGAGGAGACGACAUCCAGUAAUGUGUUUCCUUUUAAGAUCGUCCACUUCAGUAAGAAACACAGGACGUGGUAUUUCUCUGCAGCCAGCGAGGAUGAAAGGAGGAAAUGGAUGAGAUACCUGAGGAAGGAGAUUGAUUACUAUAACGACAGGAAAGAGUCUCACAUCUCAAGUGACUCCGAUUCGGAUGCCGACAGUUUCUAUGGCACGAUUGAAAGGCCCAUGGAUAUCAAACACUCCGUCAAUGACAUAGACCAUGAUUAUGGUGAGGAUGAUGAUGAAGACGAUGAGGAGGACUAUCUGAAGCCAGACAGCGACUGCUCACAGGCAUCCUCAGGUCGACCCACUGGCCCGCCCCCCUCCUACCCUCCUCCCCCAGUGCCGUCAACAUUGCACCACCGUCAAGACUCCAGUCCAAGUUUCCACAAAGGUCCACCUCCUCCCAUCCCGUCACAACACAGAAUCCCAACCAGUGCAUUACCCCAAACCCCUGCACCCUCUGUCCCUCCUCACUCCAUACUGAAGGACUCCAACAAAGGCCCACCUCCUCCUCUUCCUCCCUCCACCCACCACAUGCAAAGGUCCCCUCCUUUCACGCCACCACAUCCUCCCCCUCCCAACCCGAAGAGAACUCUUCAGACCAGGGCAGCAUCCAUGGGUGGCCCCAUGAGCGACAGGAGAGAAUUUAGGAAUCUGUCAGCCGUAUCAAUUCAGUCCCCUGCCACUCUACCCAUCUGUGACCAGUUAGAGAUGAGGAUGGUCCUAAAUGGUCCUGCCCACUGCCCCCUUGAGGAUGGAGGAACAACUGGAGGGAACAACCACCAUGGGGUGACGAGCAACCACCACAACAAGCCGAGCCUAGCGAGUUCUCAUUCCAUGCAUAUUGGAGGGCCCCUACCCAGACCUUUGAUGUCAAACUCCCUGUCUCUCAACCAGAUGUCCUCAAGUCACCCACCACUGCCCGGCCACCUUCCAGUCCCUCCCUUACUUAAAUCCGGAUUACACAGUAAGGCAGGAAUGCCCAAACCGCCUCUGCCAACAAUGAAACCCAAGCCGCCUGCAGCCAUUUCCAAGCAGCCAGGAAUCCUACUUCAAAGAGCAUCUCCUGAGGGCCAAAGCUUCCGUUCACUGGGAGACGAGUCGCCCACAGAGAUCAGGAGGAAACGAGACUUGGUCAAACACAGCGGAGGAGAUGAGUCUGAUGAAGACUAUGAGAAUGUGCAGUUGCCAGACUCUGUGUUCAUUGACACGAUUGAAACAAGCUUCGUAGAAAAGUUAUUCAAAGAGAGCUUCAACCCUCCACAGGAUGGACUGUACGCUAUCAGAAACUCAGGAACCAAAACUUCAAAGGUGCUGGUGGUGUGGGAUGUCGGUAUUGGCAAAGCCAGAAACUACCGACUGUUCGAAGAGGAGGAACACAUUUGUCUGGACAAUGAAGUGACCUUUCCGAAUCUGUCAUCUCUGAUCGAACACUACUACAGCCAUCCUCUUCCUCACCAUGGCUCGCUCUGCCUACAGAAGCCUUACACAAAGACUCUGUGCAUCUGAUCAACUUCUAAACACACAACACAAAGCAAAGAAGAACAGAGUCGGGGACAUCUCUGCAACUCAAUGUCCCAUGAGACAUAUUCACUCACACAGGUUAAAUAACUGUCACAAUGUAUUGAAAUAAGUCAUACCUCUUACACCUGUGGAAAAGAAAACUGAUCAUAUUUCACCUGUUGUUGCACCAGAAUGCACUAUAAAGUGAUAGGGAUAGGUACCGAACUUACUUUAAGAGAAAGCAGACUCCUAUCUUAACGCAGCAAGCUAUGCUAAUCUUACAUUGUGCACUGAAAACAUGAAUUAAUGAAAAUACACAUCAGUUAGUUUUGACAAAGAUCUAAUGAAGCGAAUAUUUGAAUUAAUCAGACACCUGCUCUUCUACUGAAACAUCGCUGCUGCUUCAUGCAAACAGAACAAUCUGUGAGAACAGGAAAGUGUGAAAUGUGCUCUGUCCACAGAGGGGCGCUGUGACACCAAAUGACAGUUAACAGUCCAAUAUUCUACUGCACAUCAGCCUACCGUAUGUAAGCAGACAUAAGAAGCUUUAUUGUAAAUGGUUUAUCUUUAAAAUUUCUUAAAAUCACAAAAGCAUGUUUAUUAUUUCUUGUUAUAAUUUCUAUUGUAACAAGAAAUACUUCUCAUUAGUGUCGUCAAGAUGAUUUUUUUUCUAAUAUAUAUUAAGAGCUCUUUUAAGGUUCAGUCACAACAGUGAUAUUCAGACAAUAUAUUAUAUACAAUAUUCAGGUUGAAAAUGAUUAAUUUUUAAUUUAUGACCACGUUACUGCCAACAAGUCGAUAGUGUGCAAGUCGGGGUUAAGUGAACUGUUUGUUGACAGGGUUCAGAUAUGGAGAACAUUUGCCCACUUACCUAGCGGUUCAUGGCAAGCAUUUAAGUGUUAAAGAACAACAGUGUUGGGACUGAAACAGCCCUGUUGUCUCUUAUCCUCUAAUCACGUGACCAAAGAUCAUUCAUUUCUGGCCAGUUUCAGGACAAAAUGACACAAAACAUGUCAUCCCAGGUAGAAGCAGAUAAUCUAAACCUCAGGUGCCAAAGUCAGGAGUGAGAGGGCAGCAGUGUCGUUACGUAUUUCACAAACCUCCAGUAAAUUUUCAAGACAUCACAACAUCUCACAGUGUUUGACUUUAAUACUGUAAAUAACUUUAUAUUUAUAUGUAAAUGCUGUAUAUAUUGUGAAAAAAAUCUGUAAAAAUGUAAAUAUGUUUUCUACAGAAGUAUAUGUUAAGAAUGUAUAAAAGAUUACUUAGA